AUUUAAAAACGGCGGAGCCUACACUUCCCUCCCCUCCCCUUCUCCAUCCGUCCGCCCCCUCUCCCUCCCAAUCAAUUCGCCUCGCCGAUGUCGGGCGGCGGCGCCUCCCGCCGCUCGUCGUCGGUCGCGACGGCCAAGCGCCCCGCGGUGGUGGCGGCGGAGAGCGCCGGCGUGGGGGCGAAGGCGGCGCAGGCCAACAAGCGGGCCGCGCUCGGCGACGUCACCAACGUCGGCGUAGAGGGAGGUGGAAGGGGAGGGAGGGCCGGCGGCGGCUCCAGGAAGGUCUCGUCCGCACCGGCUGGCUCCGCCGCCUCGAAGCUGAAUUCAGCUACCUCAGCUGCACCAGUGAAGAAGGUGUCACUGGCAAGUUCUUGCAACGUGGGCUCUGGUCGGGGUUCUGCUAUGAAAUUAGCUUCUACCAAGCCAGGUCAAGCUGUAUCUCGCCAUGACAACACAAUGCAAAGGCAAAAUGUUUCCCCUGCAGAAGUGCCCACUGUUGUUCAAGUGCUGAAUGUCGUGCCUGCCACUGCACUCUGCAGUAGCAUUGUGCCUCCCCCACACUUGGAGGACUCAGUUUCCACAGAUGGGGCAAUGUCGACCUGCGACUCGAUGAAGAGCCCAGACUUUGAGUACAGUAAUAAUGGGAACUCCUCAAUGCUCAGUUCAUUGGAUGGACGAGAAAAUUUGCACUUAUGUAUCUUGAAGGAUAGAGAUGAAACUAAGUGGAAGAAGAAUGCUCCUGAUCCAAUGGAAAUAGACCAUGUUUGUGCUGUUGAGAAUAAAAAGGAUGAUUCGCAGCUCUAUCCUUCUUUUGCCUCUGACAUCUACAUGCUCUUGCGUGAGUCUGAGAGUAAGAAAAGGCCGUCUACUGAUUUUAUGGAAACAAUUCAGAAGGAUAUAUCAGCUAGCAUGCGGGCUAUUUUGAUUGAUUGGCUUGUGGAAGUAGCUGAAGAAUAUCGUCUUGUUCCUGAUACUUUGUAUCUGACAGUUAACUACAUUGACCGAUAUCUUUCUUGCAACAAGAUCAGCCGGCAAAGGCUGCAAUUACUUGGUGUUGCAUGCAUGCUUAUAGCAGCAAAACGAGAAGAGAUAUGUGCACCCCAAGCAGAAGAAUUUUGCUACAUCACUGACAACACAUAUAUCAGAGAUGAGGUUUUAGAAAUGGAAGCUUCUGUCCUGAACUGCCUGAAAUUUGAAACGAGUGCGCCUACAGCCAAGUGUUUUUUGAGGAGAUUUCUUCAUGCUGCACGAGCAUGUGAUGAGGAUCCAGCCUAUAUCGAGGUUCUAGCAAACUACAUCACUGAGCUAUCAUUGCUGGAGUACAAUCUGCUUUGUUACCCUCCUUCACAGAUAGCAGCCUCAGCUAUCUUCUUGGCGAAAUAUAUACUUUAUCCAACAAAGCAGCCUUGGAACCCUACCCUUGCUCGCUACACACGGUACAAGCCGUCAGAAUUGUGCGAGUGUGUAAAGGCGAUGCACCGCGUUUUCAGUAUUGGUCCUAUGAAUAACCUCCCUGCAGUCAGAGAAAAGUACGGUCAGCACAAGGUAACUGGCUGUGCUCGGCCAAUUUGUUGGUUUAACACUGUUUUUUGCAAAUUUCUAAUGCUGGCCCUCUCCCUUUUGUUUCAUCAGUACAAAUUUGUUGCGAAGCUGCGAUGUCCAGCAUCGAUCCCUACUGGGUUCUUUGAAGACGUCACGUGCUAGAGGAGAAAAGAAGCCCAGGAGAAGCUAGAUUUGGUUACUGAAUUCUUCCUCAGAUGGCUCAAAUGCCAAGUUGCAGGGCACAUCUGUGCAGGUGGUUGGUUGAUGCGGGGUGGCCCCCUGUUAAUUCGGGUGAUUACAGAGUGUACAUUUGAGGCCGAUGUUUAUGACAGUGGUGUGCUGUUUUCUUUUUUCCUUCAGGCGCAUGCAAAUCGGAGAUAAUUGUAGUAAAGGGUAACAUCUUUUCGUUUGUAAUGUCCAAUCCAAAGACUAGAGGUGCCAUUGUGCCAAGUUGGGUUUGGGUGUACCGUGUCACAGCCUCGUAGGACUGCUAGUCUCAUAAUAAUAUCAUAAGAGCACCACAUUUUAAAGCAGUGCUCAUUUUA